AAGGGUUACGUCACAGCAGCGGACCAAAGUUAGGGUGGAUUUUCUCCGGAACCGGAUGUCCGACUAAAACAUGAAACCCGGAAUCGAGUUUUCAGUGCCCUUUCUUUUACUCGAAAAAUUCUGAAAAAAUUACAUGUUACUCGUUGAAUUAUUUCGGGAAAAAGUAGCAGGGUGAGUUUUCCAAAAAGAAGCGCAUUUGGGCUCUAUCCUAAAAAAUCGUAAAAAAAAGGCGAUUUUGUCAAGCUCUCGGAAAUGAACGAAAUGACGUUCUUAUACAAAAUAGGGCGCGAGGAAUUCAAAUAAAGCAUUAUUUCUUACCUGGGAGACGUUUUUUAGCAGUCAUAGGGAAUAAAAAGGGCGAAUUUCUUCAUUAUUUGAGGUUACCGUCAAGAUAACCUUCAAAAAUUCAAAUUAGCGGGCGAUAAAGGAAGUACAUCGAUUGCAAGGGUUACAUCGAAUACCGCUAGAUCGAAAGUUUACGUAGACUUAAAAACAGGGUUAUGUUUUUUAUUUUUAAAGUUUAUUUGCAAAAUUUAGAGAAGGUGAAAGAAAAAGAAACAGAUGAAGAGAAUGAAAACAGAAGUGAAAAUGAAAACAGAAGUGUAAUGAAUGGUUAGUUGAAUGGUUAGUGGAGGCUGCGGAAUAGGUGUUCAAUGGUAACGAAGCAAAAGUGUUGUUGAUUAAUUUGUUUGAAGAGUUUGACGAAAGCUUUUUUUUUAAGGUAUUUUUGAAUGAUGGGGGCAAUGAAAUCAGGGGAAACAGCAGGGAAGAGGACAUUGGCGAUGCGGAGUGAUAAAUGUUUACUGCAACCUACCUUCGUGAAAUGAGAAUGAGACAUGCGUGAUCGAAAUUUAAGAGAAUGUGCAAGUGCGUAGAUAGGAGAAAUGUGGAGAAGAGUGCCAUUAUAUAAAUCAUCAAAUUGAACUUUUUGUAGUUGAAGACGUAAAUUUUCUAUAGACUCCUUCGUGGGAUGGGAACGGUACUUCAUUGCAAAGUAGAUCUUCAACAAGCACUUUCGCUUCUUCAAGCAACUUUUGUCCCAUCCUUUUUCUUGCAAGAACUUUGAUAUUUUCUUCAACUUGUCGAUCUCGUUGAACAAAUUGGCAAAUGUAAAAUGCAUACUGAAAUGUAAUUUAUUGUAACAUCUUAUUUAUAACAUUGAUGAAAAUUGUACCUAAUUAUUUUAAAACAAUCUAGGUAAUAGAUUAACAAAAUUCUAUACUUAAAUGACUUAUUUUUAGAAUAUAAAAAAAAUGCAAGUAGGCAUUUUUUUGUCAAUGUCAAAGUAACACGUUCUUCUGACAUGUACCUAAUUAUUGUAAAACAAAAUUCUAUAAUAAGUUCUGUCAAGCAUCAUUAAUUAGUUCUCUUGAUACAUCAUGUCUUGCGAUCCUGAAGAGAUAGUCGUACUGUGUGAUCCUCCUGAGGAAGGAAGUGAAAGUGAUGCUGAGGUUGACGUAGAAUUUCAAAGGAGAGAAGUACAACACUUCAAAACUGCAUUCCGAGCGAGAUGUAGGAAAGUUGCGGCUAACGAGAUGUACCACAGGCUUCGUCGAAAGUGCAAAUACAAUCCCCGGGAAUACAAAUCGAGGCGGGCCUACGACCGGGUGAUGAAUCAGAAGGGUACCAUUUAUAGACGGAAGUUGAUUGCCACCGGCAAGUUAAGUGAUACCCUGAAGAUGAACGCUGCGGAACGGUUGUUUGCCCUGCUUCCGGGGUACUUGCAGUGGGCGAAGAUCAGGGUACUGGAGGACUGGAGGGAGAGAAAUCGGAAGGCGAAGGACCGGUUGUACCAGUUGCAAAAACGACGACGAGAAUUUGUUGAGCGGGCGUUGCGUUCGAGGGACACGGACCGCUUAAUUAUAUGUUUCCUCAAAAGACCUCUUGUGCUGCAGAAAAUAUUCGCCGAAGGCGAAGAUUUUCGACCGGCGAUAAAGUUUCUUUUGGGGCAACGUAUCACUAAUUAUGUGGUCCGGUUGGUGGAGGUGUUGCGGGAGAGUUCCACAUUCCAAACGAGGGCUGAGGAAUUCUUGCAGAAGGGGCGCCGGAUGCCCAGUUUCGUACCGACCUUCGAAGCUGUGCAUCGGGAUAGUCCCUUUGUCGAUGCGAGACAUCCUCGGCUUCCGUUGAUGUACCGUAAGCAACUGAACAGACUGAUGUCUUCCAAGAAGGUGGUGGAGGCAAUGGUCUGUGCAGUUCGGUGCAAGUGGAACUAUCCUAAAAUAUUUCCACCCUCUAUGACUGAGUAAUUUGAUUUCGUUGUGGCUCUUCUCUUCCUUCCUUUGUCUUAAAUAAUCGGUUUUUUACUUGCUGAUUUGGUACAUCCGCCUGGCAGCUGACAGAUCUAUAAAUAGUCCAUUUGUUAUAAAAAUACCUUAGAGAAGGAAAGAUAAAGGAGGGGUAAGGGUACUCUUAAAAUGUAAACAGCUGACGCCCUGAGGUACACUAUAUUGUCCACGAGUAAAAUACAUGCGGAGUUUAUGCUUAUGCAACUUAAAGUACAGGGAACGCUGCUGUAAACGCCCCGAUCGGUUGUUCGAUAUUUCGUAAUGAAAUUUGCAAAAAGAAUACGCUGCAGUGUAGUUUAAGUUGCUUAUAUAAACAAUCAAAAGAUCCCACUCCAAAGUUUGCCUAUGAAAUUAGAUGCAUUACCGAAGAUCGGAAGUUUGACGUUUGUGAAUGUCAAAUCAUAAGGUGUUUUAUGAGUGAAAUAGGUUAUUGUCAUAUAGGUUAGUCGUACGGGAAAUAAUUUUUUAAAAAAAAGGAAGUGUUUUUAUUGUGGGAGGCUGUCGAUGAUUUUUCUUAACGUUUCUCGUUGUUUUUUGCCGGGUUUUACAAAAGACGGUAUCGGUUCUGCGCGAUUAAAUACUUUCACAAAGUGUUCGGCAAUUUUGAAUCUCCCCCUGCCCUUUAGCUCCACAAUGUAAUUUAUGUGGCGAGUUACUCUGACCACGUCCACACCCUCGCCCAGCCAAUAGCCCAUGAAUUUGGCUUUCGCCCAAACCAAGUCCCCUACAUUUAUGGGCGGUGGAACGGUGGCCAGAGGAUUGACAGGGUCGGUAGCUGAUGGUGAGGGCGAAGAUGAUGAGGAGGAAGAUGAGGGCGGAGAGUGUCGGAUCGGCGACGGCGAUGCGGGGUUCGUCACGAUGUCGUCCCACCCGGCUUGUGCGCCCGCGUUUGAUGGACCAGCAACAGCUGCAUCGAUCGCUGCCCGUUUGUUCAUCUGCCUUGAACGUGGCCUACUUCCGUCCGCACAGCGAUGGACCUCAAUAGCGACCGAGAUAGCGACCGAUGUAGGUGCAGAUGAAGGACCGACAACAUCAUCAAUCACCGCCGUUGCUGUGUCCUCAACACCUGCCGUCGACACAUCCGUCGAGGACGACUCCUGGGACGACCUUUCUCGCAUCGCUUUUCUCCCCCUUUUUUGCCUUUGUGGCCUUUUUUGGUACACUUUUGGCUUUAUCUCGUACCAAAAAGGGGGAAAAAGUCGGAGCGCUUGCCCCAGCAACUCUUUUGCCUCUUCUUCGGAGCCGGCUUCGGCCACAAAAUCGUUUACUUCGCUUUUCUGCAGCAAUGUUUUCAAUAUUUCGACUGCUUCUGUUGGAGGGGGGGCACUUAAUUCAAAAAUCGCUUGAAUUAUGUAUUCCAUUUUAGAUUUGCUGUACCCGCCUUUAGCCGUUCGCUGUUUAACUCCCUCCAACGCAGCCGAGUGGUCCAGUAAAUGUGCAAGGGCCGCAACAGGGGAUAGGGAAAUGACGUUUUUAGUUUUUAGAUCGUCGAAAUUGUGUCGUAUAAAUUCUUCUAAUUUGACCUUCGUAUCCCUUGUUGCGUAACCCUUGUAAAAUUCUUUGCAUAUCUGGUUGAUAUUAAUUUCGGCCGCUGUUUCAUACUGCCGUAUUAUGUUUUUCAAAAUUUGUAGCCGCACCGGUCUGAAGAAGAGGCUCUAAAAUAAAGUAACGAUUUGUAUUUGUCUGUUUGUCUGUAUGUCGUUCGUUUUGUACAAUUAAUUAUAACAGGCGAUCCGACAGGUCGCCUUUGGAAUUUUUCUUUAAUUUUAAUUUGAACUUCCAAAGGCCACUCGAUGGACGUUAUAGAUAUUAUA